AUGCGUUCGACAUACUUGAAAACAACACGACGACGUUUGAACACUCUCGAACUUUGCAUCGAUCGCCGUUCUAUUAAUAAAAUUUCUAGUUAUUCAUCAAAUCAAGCUCGUGUAUUUAUUAAUAAUAAUGAUAGUUAUGAAUCAAUAGUAUCUAUCGAAAAACAACCCUCCAUUUGCAUAAUAUUCGAAAGAAAGAGAAGUAAAUGA